GGAUACGCUACCGAGCGGACGCGUUAUUUUGCUUACGAAACAUACAUUGAAUUUCACGGGUUCUCCUAGUUCGGUGUCAUCUUGCCAAUAGCGAUUAAAUCCGGGAUCUUCUUUUUUCCUUUUUAAAGACUCAAAGAGUCUUAUUAUAUCAAGUUUAAGCCUCAUUCAUUCACCAGGUCAUGGCCGGAUAUAUAGGCGCAAAGCCAGUAUAGUGCCAAACACAACUUAACUUAACUUAACUUAACUUCUUUCUUUCUCUUCUUGUCUGUGAAGCUGGAAGGAUCGUCAUGAAUGAACUCUUUGACUCUGAUUUAUUAGUUUUUGAUUUCGAAAAUUAUACAAUAAUGUUAUAGUCAAAAAGCUGCUAUUUUAAUGAAGAUGGAUAACGUAACGGCAGAAUGCCUUACAUUGGAUUUUGGUCCAUUUGCGACUGUGCAUUCGUGGGAACGAAUGCCGGAUUGUGCUGAAUUUGUCGGAGCCAGGCGUAGCAAACAUACUGUUGUAGCUUAUAAAGAUGCAAUAUAUGUUUUUGGUGGUGAUGAUGGAAAACGAAUGUUAAAUGAUUUACUUCGUUUUGACGUUAAAGAAAAAUCAUGGGUCAAAGCACUCGCAAAUGGUCAAGAGAUAUCACCGCGUUAUCAUCAUUCUGCAGUAGUCCAUGACUCGUCAAUGUUUGUUUUUGGAGGUUAUACCGGAGACAUACAUUCAAAUUCCAAUCUCACUAAUAAAAAUGAUUUAUUUGAAUAUAAAUUUCAAACUUGCCAGUGGACGGAAUGGAAAUUUAUUGGAAAAACUCCAGUUGCACGAUCCGCACAUGGUGCUGCUGUUUACGAUAAUAAAUUGUGGAUAUUUGCCGGUUACGAUGGAAAUGCUCGUCUUAAUGAUAUGUGGACAAUUUCAUUAUUGCCUGGAGAUCAUAAAGUUUGGGAAGAAGUGGUUCAAUCCGGAGAUUGUCCACCGACUUGUUGCAAUUUUCCAGUCGCUGUUGCACGUGAAUCAAUGUUCGUAUUUAGCGGUCAAAGCGGGGCAAAAAUCACCAAUAGUCUGUUUCAGUUUCAUUUCCGAGAAAAAAGAUGGACACGUAUUUCCGCUGAGCAUAUUUUAAGAGGCGCACCACCUCCACCGGCACGUCGUUAUGGUCAUACAAUGGUGACUUUUGAUCGUCAUCUCUAUGUGUUUGGAGGAACUGCCGAUUCAACUCUACCAAAUGAUUUGCAUUGUUACGAUCUUGAUACACAAACGUGGAGUAUUGUCUCACCAUCGCCAGACAGUCAGAUACCAUCAGGUCGAUUAUUUCAUGCAGCGGCUGUGAUUGGUGAGGCAAUGUUUAUAUUUGGCGGUACAGUCGAUAAUAAUAUUCGAUCUGGUGAAACUUAUCGAUUUCAAUUUUCUUCAUAUCCAAAGUGCACACUGGACGACGAUUUUGGAAGAUUAUUAAAUAAUCGUCUAUUUUGCGAUGUUGAAUUCAAUGUUGGCGAAAGUGAAACAAAAAUUCCAGCACAUAUUGCAAUUGUCGCUGCACGAUCUCAAUCGUUGCGAGUUUUAAUAAGACAAGCGCGCGAGAAUCGUGAAAAAUAUUUAGAAGAUAUGGUCGACAAUAUAAAAGUAUCAGUUAAAGAUCUACCUCUUCUAAAGGUUAAAUUAACAGACGCAGUGCCUGAAGCUUUUGAAAUGGUAUUAAAUUACAUAUAUACGGAUCGUAUUGAUCCAACAAAACGAAUAGAGGAUCCUUUAAGUAAUCGAAUUGUAUUACUUAUGAUGGACGUCUAUAGACUCGCGGUUCAAUUUAAUAUGAAACGUUUGGAACAACUUUGCGUUCAUUAUCUCGAAGCAACUAUAAGUUAUGCAAAUGUCUUGGAAGCUUUACAUAAUGCAGCUCAUUUGAAGCUUUAUUUUAUUAAAGAAUUUUGUCUGAGUUUUGUUGUAAAGGAAAGUAAUUACAAUCAAAUUGUAAUGAGUCAAGAAUUUGAAACAUUGGAUAAACCUCUCAUGGUUGAAAUUAUUAGACGUCGACAAAUGCCACAAGCAAGAACAUUUACAAAAAAUUAUGAAUUAGGAACAGGUACAACACUCGAGCAGGAUAUGGAGGCAUUUUUAAAAACAGUGGGAAGAGAAUUUUGUGAUAUAACAUUAAUUUUAGACGGUGUACCAAUUCCAGCACAUAAAGCUGUACUUGCUGCAAGAUGUAGUUAUUUUGAAGGAAUGUUUCGAUCAUUUAUGCCUGAAAAUAAUACAGUUAAUAUCCAAAUUGGUGAAAUGAUACCAUCUCCUGAGUCUUUCGAUUCACUUUUGAGAUACAUUUAUUACGCGGACGUUGCAAUGCCACCAGAGGAUUCGCUCUAUCUUUUUACAGCUCCGGUUUUUUAUGGAUUUACAAAUAAUCGUCUACAGGCAUUUUGUAAGCAGAAUUUGGAAAUGAAUGUUACAUUUGAAAAUGUUAUACAAAUUUUGGAAGCUGCUGAUAGAAUGCAAGCUGUGGAUAUGAAGAAAUAUGCAUUAAAUCUUAUUAUACACAAUUUCAGUAAGGUUGCACGACUACCGAGACUGAAACAAUUGAAUAGAGAUUUAUUGCUGGAUAUUAUAGAAGCUCUCGCUGAUGAACAAAGUGAAGCUCGAACUUGUCAGGAUAUGUCUAGUGAUUGUUGAUAUAUUUCUACUAUUUCUGAUGAUAAAUAAAACAUCCAGUGUAACUGAAGAGGAAAUAAUUCAACUGAUAUUUACGGACGUUGAAAAACGAGGACAUCUCAAUUAAAUUUGGCACUCAUUAAGCCUUAUUAAAUUAAGUUUUACCUCAUACAUCAUUAAUCAUAAGACUAUAUUCCUUUUUAAUUUACCAUUUUCAAAACGAAAUUAUCUAAGGAAAUAUUUCAUCCCGCGACUUUUGUCGUAUUCCUUAUUUAUCAUAUUUCAUAAGCGAUACAAUUUGCUUUUUGAAUUGGUAAACAAAACUUUUAUUAGAAAACAAUGAAGUUAUCCGAAUAAUAAAAAUUCUUUUUUAAUUAAUAUCAUGAAUAUUCUCAUAAUUGAUUGCUAAUAUUCAGAUCAAUUGAUCUGUAUUAGAAUCAAAUUUUUCACUAAACAGUCUUAUCAAUUUUGAUUAGACUUAAUCUUCAUUAUUAAUUUUCCUGUAAUUCAAUAAAUUACAAACUAUUUCAUGUACAAUCGAAAUUUUGAAUUCAUGAAUGAUACUUAUGUUUUCUCAAAUUGACAUUUUUUUUUAUUGUUCAAAGAAAUGUUUUUUCAUUUCCUUUUAAUUGAGGCACUGAAAUUGAGGAUUGUUACGUCUUAUGAAAAGCGAAUUUUUUAUAAUAUUUUGUGCAAAAAUAAUUAAUAAUCAGUUUCUCCUUCAUUUUAUUUUAAGGAUAAAUUCAUGGUGGAUCUCAAAGUGCAUAUUCUCAAGAAGCUCAUUUCAUUGUUUGGGAAAUUUGUGAAAAAACAUAUCCAUCGCGGAGAUCAUCGUAUUGUAACCUUCAUCUAAGAUCCAAGUUUCAUAAAGAGUAGAUGAUGGAAAGGCAGAAAGCUUGCUUCCUUGGAUUUACAUGAUUUUGAAAAUAAGAUUUUCAUCUUUUCCUCAGAUAUUAGGAGAAUUAUGAACUAAUGCAUACGCCAUGACUUUAGCGUUAAAUGUAUUAUUAACUAUAUUAUGGUCAGACAUAUAUUUUGUGUGUUAAGAUCAUAUAGAUUGUAACAAGGUUCAAACAGCGUGAAUAAGAAAGUAUAUAUGUGGAUUUUUUGUUGCAGAAUAGUAGGUCUUUUGAAUUAAUCUCAUUUCACUUUGAUACGGGAAGUAUGAGUAUUCCUUCUCGAGUUUUCAUCAUAGCAAUGACUUCAUUUGCUAAUUUCUCAAUCAUUAACCAAUCGAGGAAUAAAUUUUCCUCUGUGAAAUCAAAAAGGUUACUGAUAAAUCCUAUUGAGAGUAAUCCUGCACAAUCUUUAAAUCUAGAUCUCAAAGUGCAUAUUCUCAAGAAGCUCAUUUCAUUGUUUUGGAAAUUUGUGAUAAAACAUGUCCACCGCUGCUAUCAUCUUAUUGUACCCUUCAUCUAAGAUCCAAGUUUCAUAAAGAGUAGAUGAUGGAAAGGCAGAAAGCUUGCAUCCUUUUAUUUACAUGAUUUUGAAAAUCAGAUUUUCCUCAAAUUUGUCACAAGCCUUCUCUCUCAGAUCAGAUACUGUACUAUGGUGUGACCACUUCAUCAUUUGAUUCAAUCAAUGUAUCAAAAGGUUUCCAAUCAUCUACUAAUUUUAAAGAAACCUUACUGAAAAAAUAAAACAACAUUGCUUUUACAGCAUUGACAUUUAUUUAAAGAUAAUAAUUCAACAAUAAUUAAAACAAAAAUAAACAUAAGAUAUUUAAGUUAUAUUUAUUCCCUACCGCUGCUAAUUUGAUUUGUCCAAGUGUAUAAUGUCCUAAUUUAAGGGAUUUAAUUCAAAUUUUUUAAAACAUUUAGAAACUAAUUGCCAGGCUUUUUUUUCUAUUAGAUAUUUACGCAAAUUUCAAACUUGCAAUCUUAAAGCCUGGCAAAUGAGUUUCUAAUUGUUUAGAUUUAAAAAAAAAACAAAAUUCAUAGGAACGUAUACUUAAAAAAAACAAUUGUAAUUUCCUCAUGGAAAAUUUGUAAAUGUAUAAUGUUAUAAUGAUUGUAUAAUUUAUUUGUAAAUAUAUGCAAAUUUUUUUGAAAAUA